CUGUUCUCCUCUGUAAUGCCGUUUCGGGGACGGGCGGCGUCAAAGGCGACUUCCUCGGGUGGUUUCACGGCUGAAUCGAAGGGUCUCGUCGUUUUAACUGGAAAUUCCCAUCCCGAUCUCGUUAAGCGCAUCUGCAAGCAAUUGAACAUUCAACCAUGUAAAUCUGUUACAUCAAAGCAUUCUAAUAGAGAGACAAAAGUUGAGAUUCAGGAAACUGUUAGAGGUCGUGAUGUUUAUCUCAUUCAAACGGGUACGUUGCAUGUGAACGAUGAUAUAAUGGAACUCCUGAUUUUGGCCUUCGCAUGCAAGGCUGCCUGCGCUAGGCGGGUCAUCCUUGUGGUUCCAUAUCUUCCCUAUUGCAAGCAAAACAAAAUGCGGAAACGCGGCUCUAUUACUUGUAAGCUUAUUGCUCAACUGAUCUGCUCAACUGGGAUUGAUCAUGUCAUCACGAUUGACUUACAUUCGAAGGAAAUCCAAGGCUUUUUUGACGUUCCAGUGGAUAACUUGCGUGCUUCACCGUUUUUGAUUCGCUACAUCAUGGAGACAAUCUCUGAUCAUCGAAAUUGUGUGAUUGUUGCCAAAGAUCCUAACAGUGUUGCCAGAGCUACAAGCUAUGCUGAACGUCUUCGAGUCUCGUUGGCUGUCAUCCAUGGCGUUGAUCGCGAAGACACCGAGCGUACUGAUGGCCGGACUUCACCACCACCAAUGGAGGGCGAGAUUAAAGAUUUGGAUGCGAAUGGGAUGAUUAGCGAUUUUAUGUCCCAAGAUGGCGAAAUCUUGCGUAGACCGAAUUUGGAGGCUUGUGGGUGA